CCUACAAAACUGAACAACCGAGCGGGUUUUCCCUCACAAUCAGUGUGAUUCCGAACCAAGUGAAAUGUACAAGCUUAUUGCGCUACUCGCGCUCCUCGUCAACGUUUGCCUAGCGUUGCCACCGGCAGAACGCAAUCGGAGGGAGUUGACUUCACUGAGGCUGCCCAACACGACCGUUCCGACGCACUAUGAUUUGUAUCUGGACACGGAUGUGCACCUUGGGGUGAUGGAGUACUCCGGUAAUGUGCGCAUCAGUAUUACGAUCCUGGAGGAUACGAACCAGAUUGUCCUGCACAGUUUGCGCAACGUUAUUCAUCGAUUAGAGUUGUCCAGCAACCAGCUUCCGGUUCCGGUUGAAGGUUUUGAGUUGGAUGCGGAGAAGGAGUUUUUGGUCAUUACAACCAGCAACGUGUUGGUGGCUGGGACGUACUACGUUUUGGAUAUUGACUUUAGUAACAGUUUGGAUCGUGAUGAUAAAGCUGGGUUCUACGUUUCUUCGUACGAAACCGAGGAAGGAGAAACCAGAUAUCUCGGGGUAACCCAAUUUGAGCCAUGCGAUGCCCGAACCGCAUUCCCGUGCUACGAUGAACCGAGCAUUAAAACGACUUACAACAUCAAGAUUGCCUGCGGACUGGAUUACAACGCCAAAGCCAACUCUCCAGCACUCGGAGUACAGAUUCUUCCUGGUGGCAAGAAAGUGACCACCUUCCAAACCACCCCCCGGAUGCAGUCAUACAUAGUGGCCUUCCUCGUGUCGGAUUUCAUCACCGAGCGUCAGAUCAGCAAAGAACCGCACCAGAUUGCCGUCUCGACGCUGGCUCGUCCCACCGCGGCUCACCUGCUGUCGUACUCGGUCGAUGCCUCGGUGAAAUUCCUGCGCACGAUGGAGGAAUACUUUGGCCAGAGCUACGCCAUGUCCAAGAUGGACAACGUGGCCGUCAAUGAUGACCACUUUUGGGCCGGAGCCAUGGAAAACUGGGGGCUGGUGACGUAUCGGGAAUCGGCUAUUCUGUUCGAUCCGGAAACGCAACCGGACAGUGACAAAGUGGGAAUUGUGUCGAUCAUCGCUCACGAGUACGUGCACCAGUUCUUCGGAAACCUGCUGGCCCCCAAGUGGUGGUCGUUUGUUUGGCUCAACGAGGGAUUUGCCAAUUUGUAUCAGUUUUAUCUGGCCGACAUCAGUCAUCCGGAAACCAACAUGCGCUCACGAUUCGGAGGAGUGCGUGAGGCCGCGUUGCGAAACGAUGGAGAUCCCACUAUCCGAGCAAUGACGCACUACGUUGAGGAUCGAAAUGAAGUUAAGAGACUAUUCGAUGGGAUCGCUUAUUCCAAAUCUGCCAGUGUCCUGCACAUGUUCAACUACGUCUUUACUGAAACGACGUUCCAGAAAGGACUUAGAUAUUACAUUCAGCAAAACAAAGACAACGGAGUGGUCGAAGACCAGGACCUCUUCGACAGCCUGCAGCAAGCAGUCGUAGAAGACGCUAGACUUCCGCUCAGCCUUACGAUGCACGAGAUGUUCAGCUCGUGGUCCAACCAGCCCGGUGCUCCUCUUGUGACAGUGACCCGCGUGGGCACUACCAACGAGUACCUCUUCACACAGGAGCGAUUCUUUACUGAUCCACAAGAAACCGCGCCCUCUCAGACUUGGUGGAUUCCCAUCACGUACUCCACGUCGAGUGGUGCUGGCAUCUUCUGGAUGCCCCCGGGGGUGUCCGGAGUGAGUUAUGAAAUCGUCGGUGAACAGAUAAUGUUUGAUCCCGAAAGUACCGGGUAUUACCGUAUAAAUUACGAUCCCCAAACCUGGACGAACCUUAUCUACGACCUGUACGAAAACACCGACUCGAUUCCCAGACUAUCAAGAUCCAGGCUUAUCGACGACUCGAUGCAACUGGCGCAUGCUGGAAAGCUAGACUAUGGAACUGCCUUCAAAGUGAUUGAUUACCUCCAAGAAGAGACAGAAUUCAUCCCGUGGGCGACUGCCGCCUCCAAUUUUGAGUACUUGCACCGAAUGUUGCGACAUGAUGAAGAAGCGCUGCAAGAUCUUGAGAACUAUGUUGCACAACUAGCAGAAAAGCUGCUCUUUGAGUAUGGCUAUGAUUCUGUCAAGGGAGAGUCCGCUGAUGCUCAUGAUGCACGCAUGAUAGCUUUGCGAUGGGCUUGCAACAAUAAUCAACAAUGCCGAGAGGCAGCCUCCAAGCGGAUUGAAACUAUGAGAAAGAGAUCUUCUUUCGUGAUUAACUCCAAAUCUGACCAACAAAUGAUGUGCAAUGAAUUGCGAAGGAUUAACUAUGGAGAAUACGCAACUAUGGUAGAAAACUUGAGAAGUAUGCAUGAUCAGAGAACUCGUAGCAUUAUGAUUGACGCGAUUACCUGCGCUGAGGACAAGACUGUGAUCAACGACUUACUAGUUUCACUCAAUUCCAAUGACUUCAAAGAAAUUGAGAAACUUCAAAUUAUUCAAAAUAUGUUCAAGAAUUCCAACGUGGGAUUGAACACUGUCAUGGAAAUGCUCAGCGGUCCUGAAUAUUUGUCCAAAAUAAAUCUAUCAAAUCGCACCUUGCCCAAACUGUUGCAGACCUUAGCAGAUUACGUGGUCGAGCCUGCGGCUGCAAACAAGCUAAUCGCCCUCGUCGAACGGGAAACACCCACUCAACUGCUCGCGGUUCAGGCUAAGCUACGCGCGAAUCAAAGCUGGAUCCAACGGAACGCGGCCAUCGUUUCGAGCAUGCUGAAGAAUCCCGCCCAAGUGGACCUGCCGUAUUUGCCUGGAUGGCGAUUAGUUCUAUUAGAAAUGUAUUUCAAAUCAUUCUAUAUUGGACUUUUGCUUUGGGUAACAGUAUGUGAGGGAUUCGAGAGUUAUCGAUUACCCAACACUACAAAGCCGACUCAUUACGAUUUGUUCAUUGAUACAAAUAUCCACGAGGGAGAUCUGGAUUACAAUGGAACUGUGAAGAUUUACAUCGAUAUUCUGCAGGACACCAAACAAAUUGUGCUGCAUAGUUCGCGGAGUACUCUAGUGAAUGUGGAGUUGAAAAACAGUGACCUAUUGAAUAUCCCUGUGAUUAAGUAUGAUACCGAAAUCGAAAAGGAUUUCCUAAUUGUCCACGUAGCGAGUGAGUUGAAAAAUGGCAGCAGUGUUGUGUUGGAAAUCGACUUUGUCAACAGUAUCAACCGAACGGAUCAGAAGGGAUUCUACCGUACGUCGUACACCACCGACGAAAAUGUCGUCAAAUAUGCCGGCCUGACCCAGUUCCAGGCUUGCGACGCGAGGUCAGCGUUUCCUUGUUACGACGAACCUGGCAUCAAAACCACAUUCGAUGUUCGAAUUACGUGUGGGAAUGACUAUCACGCUAGGGCGAACGCCGGCAUCGCUAGUGUUACUAUGCUAUCCGACAAGAAAAAGUUGGUAAAGUUCAAGCGAAGCCCCAAGAUGCAAACCUAUCUUCUAGCUUUUCUGGUGUCGGACUAUGCAGUCAAGCGAGAUUACGCAAAUUCUACCAAGAGAAUAACCGUACAAUCGCUGGCCCGUCCAUCGCAAGCAGAUCAGCUGAACUACUCGGUAGACGCCGCGGUAAAGUUGAUCGAUGAACUGCAGUCCUACUUUGACCACCCGUACGAGCUCGAUAAAAUCGACAACGUCGCGAUUCGUAACACUGACUAUUCGGAAGGGGCCAUGGAGAACUGGGGUCUGGUCACAUACCUGGAAUCGUACCUACUGGUCGGCGCAGCGUCUUCGGAAAGUGCCAAAAGGGACGUGGUCAUUGUGAUUGCUCAUGAGUUCGCACAUCAGUUCUUUGGAAACUUGCUUGCACCCAAGUGGUGGUCAUACCUGUGGCUUAACGAGGGAUUUGCCACCUUGUACGAAUACUACCUGGCCGAUCGUACCCAUCCACAUUUACUGAUUAAGGAUCGAUUCACGGUGGUGGCUUUGCAGGAAGCGUUGCAAAAAGAUUCCAGCAUUACGGUGAGACCGAUGACGCAUUACGUGGAGACUGUGCCCGAGAUUGGCCGGCUUUUCGAUAGUAUUGCAUAUGCAAAGUCGGGUAGCGUCCUGCGUAUGAUGUUAUACGUGCUUGGAGAGCAAACCUUUGUCAAGGGAUUGAGACAUUAUAUCAAGAAAAAUCAAAACUCCGUCGUAGAACCGUCCGAUUUGUACAAUAGCCUACAGAACGCAACCACGGAGCAUCAAUCACUACCAACUUCAUUGACCAUCGCUACAGUCAUGGAAAGCUGGACCAAUCAGCCGGGAGCUCCAGUGGUGACGGUAGAACGGGUAGCAGAUUCCAACGAGUUCAAAUUUACCCAGAAGCGUUUCUACCACACUCCGAGCCCUCCCGAGAACAACCAAACCUGGUGGAUCCCAAUCUUUGUGUACACCAACAGCAGUGAAGGCGCAUACGGCGAUAAACCGUUGUUUUGGAUUCCGCAAGGAACUUCUGCAAUGACACGGAAGAUUCCCAUUGAGGAAAACGAUGUCUUCAUCCUGAAUCCCGGUCAGUUGGGGUAUUACCGCGUCAAUUAUGAUAAAGCAACAUGGAAUAGUUUGGUUGAAACUCUUGAAUCUUCGCCUGAAACCCUUGAUUCCGCCACCCGAGGUCAGCUGAUUGAUGACUCGAUGAAUCUCGCCAACGCCGGUAUGCUGGACCACGAGAUGAGUUUCAAAAUCUUGGAUCACCUACGAAACAGCACUGACUUCCUUCCGUGGAAAUCUGCCUAUCGCAGCAUACUCGAACUGGAUAAAAUGCUCGCCACGGAUAACGACGCCCUAAACCUGCUGCAUCAAUACAUCAUUCAACUAUCGACGAAGCUGUUCGAGUCUUACGGAAUGAAGGAACGCGUCGGGGAGAACACGAACGAUCACGAUGCUCGCCUUAUCGCGGUGGACUUGAGCUGCCGAGUUGGUCAGCAAAAGUGUACGGAAUAUGCCGCUGCUAAGAAGACGAACAUCCUGGAUCAACGAACGCACAGGCUGGUAAUCCGAUCGGAAACGGAGCAGCGCUGGUACUGUAAUGCGCUGAGGACUGCCCGUGAACUGGAAGUCGAGUUGUUCCAGGAAGCGCUGGAGAUGGAAGAAGAUUCGCAGGCGCGAUCCUACCUGAUCAAUUCGUUGGCUUGUGUACGAGAUCGAGUGCUUUUGGAGCAAGUUAUGGAGUACGUUGCCGAGCAGGUUGGAACUAAUGAGCUGUACAGAUUCAUGGGAGCCGCCGCAGAGGACAGUGCUGCCGGAAUGAAUGCCGUAAUUGGAUUUUUGACUGAAAGAAGGAAUCAAAUGGAUGAUUUCUUCUCCAACACGAGGGCCGUCGAGCGGCUAAUUUGCAAGCUGGCGGAGAAAAUUGUGGACCGAACUAGUGCCGACAGGUUGCUGAUGCUGGCGAAAGUUCUGCGCAUCGCUCCCGACCUGGAGGCAAACCUCAGCGGUAAACUGGACGAGCAAAUUCACUGGAAGGAGCGAAACGUCCCGUUGGUGCGGGCAGCGCUGGAACGGUACCAACCGUGACGGCUGGCUCAAUUUUGUGGAAAUAAUAAAGCUAAUGAAAAUAGUCGCGGUUAAUGUGGUGAAAGUAUC